AUGGCUCCAGAUAUUGAACAUCCGGAUAGCGAAAGAUAUCCUUUUGGAGGAAUACCCAGCUCAAAGCAAGCAGGCGAUAGGCGACUGUUAAUCAAGCUCGGCUUGUCGUUCUUCCUUUUCGGGCUCAUCAAUAACGUUCUUUACGUGAUCAUUUUAUCUGCUGCGCUUGAUCUUGUACCACCAUCCACUCCCAAAGGCAUCAUCGCCUUCUGUAAUAUCGCCCCAGCGCUACUUGCGAAACUCGGAUGGCCGUACAUGUUGAAGGGCAAAAUAAGAUAUACCAGACGUAUCGUCGGAUGCUGCUUACUUAGUUUCACUGGCAUGCUGGCCGUUGCCCUGCACGAAGCUCUACUUUCAAGGCUCUUUGGAAUCUGCCUCGCUUCCCUCUCUUCUGGCCUCGGUGAACUCACCUUCCUACAGUUGUCUACCACUUACAGCCCAGCGGCCAUCGGGGGCCAUAGCGUCGGCUAUUGGUCAUCCGGAACUGGAGCUGCAGGACUUCUCGGCGCCUUCCUUUGGUGGGAAUUACGUGCGUUAGGUGUUGAAGUUGGCGUUGGGAUCUCAUCGGUACUGCCAUUUGUUAUGCCACUCACGUACUUCCUUCUACUUCCACGGCCGGCUGCUUUCCUUGAUCCUACAACCUCUAUUGCCUAUUCUGCACUUCCAUUCGAUGAUCCUGAGAUACCCACAAUCGACACGUCGGAAGCGUCUUCACUUCUCGAGAACGAGCCUAAAUCCGAAGCGGUUUUCCUGACAGCUGCAGACAAGUGGCGAUUGUUGAAACCUAUGCUAUUCAAAUACAUGCUCCCACUUUGUGAGCUUUCGGUAUUCGCGCCGACCCUUCUGUACCCAGUGCCUUCGCCGGAACGAUAUGGCCUUUUAAGCAAAAUCAUACAUUCUGUGAGGGACUAUUACCCACUGUGGCAGCUUGUUUACCAAACGACGGUAUUCAUAUCUCGUUCUUCCAUAUCUCUUGGAAUUCCGCCAUUGUCUGUUCGACUCCUUCCACUGCCAGCUAUAGUCCAACUUGCGAUUCUGAUAACCUUGGCAUAUGAAUCGGCAUUUGGCAUAUUCUCUGAAGAUUAUGAAGGGCACAGUAUCGCGUUUGUUUUUGUUCUCGUCAGCAUGGAGGGCAUCUGUGGCGGCCUCGCUUAUGUCAACGUUUUCUAUCGGAUCAACCAAGAGCGUCCAGAUCCGUCGACUGUGGAGAACGAGGAGCUGGCGAAACAGGAAUGCGAGUUCAAGAUUGGUUCGUUAGGAUUUUCAGACAGUUCGGGCAUCCUGUUUGCUUCUCUCUUGGCUAUGCCAACUGAGAUAGAGCUUUGCAAGCUACAAGUAGCAAGAGGAAAACUCCUUUGCCAAGGGCUGUAAUGUGCAUUGCACUUCCUUAUGCCUACACUACACUAUGACUACUGCUAUUAAUCAUCUUGAUCAAUUUUGUACAGUAGG